UCCAGAUAUCAGCCAUUGACUCGUCCACUUGGCCAGCUCAGCCACUGCGAGAGGAAUGUCAACACUGUAAUCAACACUACCCUACACGGCACCUCCAUUGCCGUACAGAAGGACUACAAAUUUGAGAUGCACAUCAACAUCGCACCGCAGCUUGUGCAACACACAAAGAAUAUACGCCCGAGACAAGCGAUAUGUACGUGACGAGGCCGAUGUCGCGGUACCAGGACAACCCGCAAGCCGCGGCGGAGCCGCCGCCGGACGGCCCGGGCUCCGGGAUCCUCGUGGUGGAGGACGAGGCGGCCGUCGAGCGGGCGACGCGGUGGUGGGGGUUGUGGCUGGACAGGCAGGUGUACGGCCUCCCCUUCCCGCAGAGCCGGAAGCUCAAGGUGGAGUACGCCACCGCGAGGAUGGACGGCGGCGGCCGCGCCGGCACGACCCAUAGGACCCACACCCACACGGAUCGCGACGACGUCGUGUUCGUGCCCGUCGUCGGCCAGCCGCUGUCGUCCGGCCGCUACUACGCCGUCCGGGCCACGGGGAGGCACGCCGGGAAGGUGUCGGCGUGCUCGAGGGAGGAGGACGUGGUGACGUGCUGCGGCCUCUGGUCCUUCGCGAACGACGCGUCGCCGAGGCCGUUCGUCCGCGGCGACGUCUACCAGCAGGUGGAGGUGGUGCAGCUGUCGCGCCGGGGCGGAUUCAGGGCGGUGGCCGUCGCGCCGGACGGCGUCCCGCCGGGCUACCUGAGGAGGAAGGGGUGGAAGGUCCACACCUCGGCGUCCACGAGCUGCAACCUCACUGACACGGCGCACGGGACGGACUGGCCGCUCCGCCGCCGGAUGCCUGACCUCGAAAGCUUCGACGUCGGCGUAGGAGGCUCGACGCCCGUCGUCGUCGGCAGGUGGUACUGCCCGUUCAUGUUCAUCAAGGACGGCGGCGAGCAGUGGCUCAAGGACCAGGUCAAGCGGUGCAUGUUCUACAAGAUGACGCUGGAGCAGAGCUGGGAGGAGAUCUACAGCUGCGACAACACCCACCGGGGCAGCAUCAGCAGCAGGCUGGACGAGGUCGAGGUUAGCGUGACGGUGCGCCGGUCGACGGCGCUGCUGGGCGGCGCCGGCGCGGUGCAAGGAGGCGCACCGCAGGUGUUCGACGGGGUGAUGUGGUUCCUGCCGGCGGCGAGCCCGGCUGCGGCGGCAGGAGGAGGAGGAGGGCUGGGGCUGGACAUGGUGGUGUGGGAGAAGAUGGAGUGGGAGCUGGAGAAGGGAGGGUGGGUUGCCGGCAAUGGCGACGACGUGGAGAGGAUCAAGAGGGUGGAGAGGCAUGACGGGCUGGGCGGCCACUGGGACAAGUUUGGGUGUUACCUACUGGUUGAGAGGUUCGUGCUCACGAGGAUGGAUGGCAGCGUUGCGUUGACGUACGAAUUCAGGCACACUGACAAGAUUACAACCAAGUGGGAGUGAGCAAAAUGUUGCGUACACAUCAGCAGUAGACUUUGGAAUAAUGAAUGUUCUUUGGAUCUGUACAUUGUGAAUGCUGAAUUCUAGUUUGUAAAUCAUCCCUCAAAUGAUGCGGUACAUAUAUGAGU